GGAAGUGGGCGGGAGGGCCGGAAGUUUAAGGGAAUUUCCUGUGAGCUCGGCUUCCUCAACAUGGCAGCGCCCUUGUCGGUGGAGGUGGAGUUCGGAGGCGGCGCAGAGCUCCUGUUCGACGGCAUAAAGAAGCAUCAGGUCACCUUGCCUGGACAGGAGGAACCCUGGGACAUCCGGAACCUCCUUGUCUGGAUCAAGAAGAACUUGCUAAAAGAGCGGCCAGAGUUGUUCAUCCAGGGAGAUAGCGUGCGGCCAGGAAUUCUGGUGCUCGUUAACGAUGCCGACUGGGAACUGCUGGGUGAGCUGGACUACCAGCUGCAGGACCAGGACAACAUCCUCUUCAUAUCCACGCUGCACGGCGGCUGAGGGCCCCGCACUGUGCCCAGGCUCCCUUGGGGUGGGGAGAAGAGAACAAUCAGACAUCCCCUGGGGCCCUGCUUCCAGGUCUCCCUGUCCCCCUUGGCCGCUUUCUUCCCUGCUCUGUCCCCCGAGCUCCCUCCAGGCAGGGAAAAGAGGCCAGGUGCUAAAAAUGAGCCUUUCUCAGGCACGUGAGUGGGGGUGGGCAGGCUCAGCCCUGCCAACCUUCCCAGCAGCUGAGGUGGGGGAGGGUGCCCCUCUGGUUGGUCACAACAUGAAGGGGGCUCCGUGGCCAGGUGACCCAGCCACCUCCCACUCCUUGUAUCUCAAUCUGAACACUGAGUGACCACUGACACGCUCCAACUCCUGGGCUGUAGCGUCUUCGAGGAGAAGAGGAAUGGACCCGAAUAGCUUAUAGGAGGCCCCUCCCUUCUCAAAGAUGGGAGGAGUCUCUGCCUCAGUUUCCCCAUCCAGACAGCAGAGGGCUCUGGCUGUCCCCCACUGAUAUCAUUAUGGAACCCCAGCUGGGGUCCCCUAUUCAGUGCUGACUCCCCCCUCCCAGCAGCUGCUCUUCCAACCACACCCCUCCUCCUGCUCCCCCAGCCCCAGCCCUUGACCCUGGCUGGCCUUCCCCCACACACACAGGCCACCAGAUGGGCUCCUGAGACCCUCCCCCAGCAAAAGGCUGCCUGCAGCCCAUUCUGGAGAGAGAGAGCAGGCAAAAGCUUGAACUGGCAGAUAGCGGCCUGGGGAGUCAGAGUGCCUCAGUUUCCUCUUCAGUGGCAAUUGAGUAUUUAUAGUAUCUGAAAGCAGGCUUGAUACUCGAUGGCACAAAUGCAGACUUCAUCUCCUUUCCCACCUCCUGCAGGAAGCAGGAUGGGGGCAGGCAGCACCUGGUAGGCAGGAUGGUUUGCCCCUCCUCCCUCCAUCCCUUCUGGAAGUCUUGGGGCCUCAGUGUCUGCAACAGCUGGCCUUGGGCAAAUAAAAGACUAGGUUGUUUACUAGCUUUGCCUGGAGCUUCAUCCUUAGAAACCAAUGGCACCCCACAUCCCCCCAAGCCAUGGUCCCCGGUCCAGUCUCUGCCCCAGCCAAGGGCUUUCAGAGCUGCCCUUCACCCAACAGAGGGCAGGGGUUGAAACCCAGACUACACAGACUGUCUAGGAGGGGGUGAUCCGACAUGGCCGUCUGGAGACAGGGAUGGCAAAGCCAGUCUGUGCUGACCUGUCUGGGUCCCAGGACACUUCUCUACUUUGUCUGUCUGAGGCUAGGCUUUGUCCCACCAGCUGCAGCCCCAGAACGCAGAAUGGGGGUGGCAUAUAAGACUGCUGAACCUCCCUUCCCAUGACCUGGAGGAAAAGCCUUGCUGGAGGGAAACCUCAAAAAAAAAAAAAAAAAAAAAAAAAAAAAA